GGGGAAGGACCGGAACUCCGGGCGGGCGGCUUGUUGAUAAAAUGGCGGCAGGAGCUGCCUGGGCUUCUCGAGGAGGCGGUGGGGCCCACACCCGGAAGAAGGGUCUCUUUUCAGGCUAGUGCGGCGGCCGCUGCGGACCCGGAAGUCCGGGCCGGUUGCUGAAUGAGGGGAGCCGGGCCCUCCCCGCGACAGUCCCCCCGCGCCCUCCGCCCCGACCCGGGCCCCGCCAUGUCCUUCUUCCGGCGGAAAGUGAAAGGCAAAGAACAAGAGAAGACCUCAGAUGGCAAGUCAAUUAAAGCUUCAAUAUCUGUACAUUCCCCACAAAAGAGCACUAAAAAUCAUGCCUUGCUGGAGGCAGCAGGACCAAGUCAUGUUGCAAUCAAUGCCAUUUCUGCCAACAUGGACUCCUUCUCAAGUAGCAGGACAGCAACACUUAAGAAGCAGCCAAGCCACAUGGAGGCUGCUCAUUUUGGUGACCUGGGCAGAUCUUGUCUGGACUACCAGACUCAAGAGACCAAAUCCAGUCUUUCAAAGACUCUUGAACAAGUCUUACAUGACACAGUUGUCCUCCCUUAUUUCAUUCAAUUCAUGGAACUUCGGAGAAUGGAGCAUUUGGUUAAAUUUUGGUUAGAGGCUGAAAGUUUUCACUCUACGACUUGGUCUCGAAUAAGAGCACACAGUCUGAACACAGUGAAGCAGAGCUCAUUGGCCGAACCUGUCUCUCCAUCUAAAAAGCACGAAACUACAACGUCUUUUAUAACUGAGUCUCUUGACAAGAGAUUGGAGGAUUCUUGCUCAGCCCAGUUGCUUAUGACUCAAUCAGAAGGAAUUGACGUGAAUAACAGAACUAGCAACAUUCAGAAUCACUUGCUGCUUUCCCGGGAAUGUGACAGUGCCCAUUCUCUCCAUCUUGAAAUGGCCAGAACAGGAACUCAUCAACUUUCCAUGGAAACCCAAGAAUCCUCCUCCAGACUUCUAGUAGCCAGUAGAAAUAGUCCCUCUUCACCACUAAAGGACUUAUCAGGAAAAUUAAUGAAAAGCAUAGAACAAGAUGCAGUGAAUACUUUUACCAAAUACAUAUCUCCAGAUGCUGCUAAACCAAUACCGAUUACAGAAGCAAUGAGAAAUGACAUCAUAGCAAAGAUUUGUGGAGAAGAUGGACAGGUGGACCCCAACUGUUUUGUUGUGGCACAGUCCAUAGUCUUUAGUGCAAUGGAGCAAGAGCACUUUAGUGAGUUUCUGCGAAGUCACCAUUUCUGUAAAUACCAGAUUGAAGUGCUGACCAGUGGAACUGUUUACCUGGCUGACAUUCUCUUCUGUGAGUCAGCCCUCUUUUAUUUCUCUGAGUACAUGGAGAAAGAGGAUGCAGUGAAUAUCUUACAGUUCUGGUUGGCAGCAGAUAACUUCCAGUCUCAGCUGGCUGCCAAGAAGGGCCAGUAUGAUGGACAGGAGGCACAGAAUGAUGCCAUGAUUUUAUAUGACAAGUACUUCUCCCUCCAAGCCACACAUCCUCUUGGAUUUGAUGAUGUUGUGCGAUUAGAAAUCGAAUCCAAUAUCUGCAGGGAAGGUGGGCCACUCCCUAACUGUUUCACAACUCCAUUACGUCAGGCCUGGACGACCAUGGAGAAGGUCUUUUUGCCUGGCUUUUUAUCCAGCAAUCUUUAUUAUAAAUAUUUGAAUGAUCUCAUCCAUUCGGUUCGAGGAGAUGAAUUUCUGGGAGGGAACGUUUCACUGGCUGCUCAUGGCUCUGUCGGCCCUCCUGAUGACUCUCACCCAGGCGGUUCCGAUGGCUCAGCUUCUCAGUCCAGUAUGAAAAAAGCCAGUGUUAAAAUUCUGAAAAAUUUUGAUGAAGCGAUCAUUGUGGAUGCUGCCAGUUUGGAUCCAGAAUCUUUGUAUCAGCGGACAUAUGCAGGGAAGAUGACAUUUGGAAGAGUAAGUGACUUGGGGCAAUUCAUCCGAGAAUCUGAGCCUGAACCUGAUGUAAAGAAAUCAAAAGGAUCCAUGUUCUCACAAGCUAUGAAGAAAUGGGUGCAAGGAAAUACUGAUGAGGCCCAAGAAGAGCUAGCUUGGAAGAUUGCUAAAAUGAUAGUCAGUGAUGUUAUGCAACAGGCACAAUAUGAUCAGCCCUUAGAGAGGUCUACAAAGCUAUGACUCAAGACCUGAGAUAAAGGAAAUCUGCUUUUGAAAAAUAAGAGAACUUUUUUCCUUUGGUUGGAUUCUUCAACACAGCCAAUGAAGACAAAGCACUGUAUUUCUUUUCACGAAUAUAUCACUGUUGUUCCCAAGAAAGAAUGGCAGACAAUCCUAGACUUCCAUCCUAAGCAGAGUGACAUGUAGACAUUUGCUGCACAUGAUGUUCACACAGUGAAAGUCAUAAAGAGACAAAGUGGUAUUGUUUACAUUACUAGAAAACUAAUAGCUUUCCAAUGGCAAUAACCCAUUUACGAAACAAUUUUAGCCCACUGGAAUAGACAGGGACCACAUACUGUGGGAGGCAGACAAGCGCAGAGCGGAUACUCGAUGCCCAUUCUGUAGCGGUAACCCAUCCCUAAAAGUAUCAUAAAGCAGGUACCAGAAGUGCUUUGCUUUGGCCUCCUAAACCAACAGGUGAGUCAGCCCCUCCGAGAGCCAGGCAGCUCAGGGAGGCAGCGUGGUGCUAGCGGGUUGUUUUCCUUCAGCGGCAUUGUGCAUUCGCAGAGGCAUUAAUUUGGAAGGAAGCCAGCUGAUAGGUCAUCUCAGUGACAUUGUCCUUCCCUGUGGUGACAGCAUACACUUUUUACAUUUUAAUUGCUCCUAAAAUGCAAAUGCAGUAUACUGAAAACCAGGCUCUCCCCUGCUAACAAAAAAGAGAAGUCUCCUUUGCUUUGCGCAUCAGGACUUGCUCUUCUGGAAUACUCCUCCAGGUUACUUCACUUUCCCUUCAGAAUACGUGUGGGAAGGAAUGUACAGUAGCAGUCACUCCCGUUUCCCCUGUGGUACCUUGAACAAAAUGUUUGUUCCCAGACUACUCGGUUUUUGUUUUGUUUCUUCUUUUUUCUUUCUUUUUUUUUUUUUUUUUUUUUUUUUUUUUUUGUAAAUUAAGAAUAUUGACAAGCAAGGGUUGGGGGCGGGAAGAGCACCCAGCCUCGGCUGCCUCCCCCUUCUCCGCUGUGCAGUUGGUGGCCUUUUUGCUUUCUGUCUUUCGGAUAGUAGGCGGCCCCCUGCCUGCCCUUCCACUCAGCCGGCUACCGGGUCCGGACCUCGCCGCCGUCAGCAGGCCCGCCCCAUUGGCGAGCACACUCCACUGGCCAGACGGUGCCAACGCCUCCUCGCUGCGCGUGACUGUUUGAGGGGAAGGAACGUUCUCUUAGGCGUUACUGCUUUUGCUCAGACUUUGCAAAAAAGAAAACAGAAAAAGAUAUAUAGAUAUAUAUAUAUAAAUAUAUAAUUAUUAAUCACCUCUGUCCUUGAGAAAGUCUUGAAUGAAUAGAGAUUUUAUUCCAUUGCAAUAUUUGAUUGUAUAGAGGCACACUGUUUCAUCGACAGAAGAAGCAAAAGGCUGUGUAUAAGUUUUUGGUACUGUGUACCACCACUGUUAUUCUUCUAAAGCGAAGUAUCCAUGUACUUAACCCAUAUUCUAUUUAAUUGUGUUUGAUUUUAAAAAUAUAUAUAUAUAUGAAUUAUAUUUAAAAUGGUGUCAACUUUCUGCUUUCAGGGCACUCGUGGCUCUUCUCCUGAAACGUGUUGAUUCUUCCAAAUAUUUCCAUUUGCUUUACAAAAACCCAGACACGAGCCACUCCUGGACUAAGCCCUGUGUUUGGAGUGAACGGCAUAGACCUGAGGUUUUAUUAGGUGUAUUUGCUGUGACUAACUCGUUUUGUUCUUUUAACACAAUGUUGCCAUCCUUUCACUUUGCUUCAACCUUUAAGUAAGAGAAAAGCAAUAUAAAGGUCAUAGAAUAAAAUGUGGUUUUGGGUGA